AUGCAGCGUAUCUUUAUAGACCCAGAAAAUGAUCGGCCUGCAACGCGGGAUCUCCCCAGCGGAGUCACGAUGCCGGGUGACCUACCACCUCCAAAGGAAGUGAAGUUCCAUCCGUCCGAGUACGGCAGUGAAGAUGCAUCAAUCUUUUUCGUGGGGACGGCGACGACCAUCAUCGAAUGGGCUGGCAUCCGAAUAAUGACAGAUCCCAAUUUCCUCCACGCCGGCGACCAUGUUCAUCUCGGCCCCGGUGUUUCAAGUACCCGGCGAACCAACCCAGCCGUCGAUCUCCACAACCUACCUCGCAUUGACUUGGUUUUGUUAUCUCAUUACCACGGGGACCACUUUGACCAGAAAGUGGAAACUUCACUCCGACGUGAUCUACCUAUAAUCACCACGCCCCACGCCCAGUCCCAUCUCACAAACAAAGACGCCGAUUCGUUCACCAAUGUUUCCGCACUGGACCCUUUUACGUCAGUUAUGGUCGAGGUUAAGGGCACCGCGGGGCCGAAACGACGUCGACUACGUGUAACGGCCAUGCCAGGGAAGCACGUACCAAGCCAUUCCGCUGUGGAAAGUUUAAACGAAUUAGUCAAUGCUAUCCCUCCAACAAACGGUUGGAUGCUUGAACUCGGUGUAGGGGACGCUGACGACGCGACUGACUUUGUCUAUGGCUACAGAAUCUACAUAACAGGUGACACGCUCAUGGUCGACGAACUAAAAGAGAUCCCGAAACGCUACGCCAACAAGCGCAUCGACCUCAUGCUAGCACAUUUAGGCGGCACAAUGGUGCCGUCGCCGGCGCUGGCACCGCUCGCGCUGAUGGUCACUAUGGACGCCAAGCAAGGGGUGCAGAUGAUUCGGCUGAUACAGGCGGAUCUCACGAUUCCGAUUCAUUAUGAUGAUUACGAGGUGUUUGCGAGUCCACUGGAUGAUUUUAAGAAAGAGGUAGAGAAGGCCGGGUUGGAGGGAAAGGUUUUGUAUCUAGAUCGAGGGGAUAGGUUUGGAUUUACGGUCAGAGAGGCUUAG